AUGGACUGCAGUUAAUUUUUGAAGAAAGUAAAAAGGGUGAUUCCCGUGUCGGCCACUGUAUUUAUCACAAUAAUUGUUUUAUUUUUCGAUUAAAAUUGUUCCUGCAUGUAAUUUUUAAAUUUUUUGACGUCUUUGGUUCGUUCUCUGAAAAUCUGGAUGCUCUCAGUUGACCAAAUUUUUACACCUAGCCCCUCAAACAGUACCCCUUCAACGGUGUAAAUUUUGGUAUGAAAAAGUGUCAGAGUACCUACUGUAAGUCGGAUCUGUCACAGGUUGCUCAUCACUGAGGGCUUUACGUGGUACUCAUCGACAGAAAGUGAGGAAGCUCUGUUCUUCAGAGCAAUUGACUUUUCCCUGAUUCUAUUUGGGAAAUAUCUGCAAUUACGGAGUUGGUAAAGACAAGACCGCAAGAUCCUCCCUGUGAUCAAUUCGUCUAAGUUGAGCUGACUAAUGAUAUGCGGCCAGAAAAGCUAGACUCCUUUACCAAUGCCGAGAUAUCCAAGGGUUGCCGUCCCCUUUAAAAUGUGGUCGGGUAUGAGAAGUUGGUAUUGAGUUGCCAAAUGGAUCCAUUUUGGUUCAAAAUAAGAACCAAAACAAACGGUCCGAUGACUCGCCGUAAAGCAAUGGCCGGAGAUGAUGAACUUCGGAGCAUGUUAAUGAGCUUCCGAGUUUCUGAAUUGCAAAUGCUAUUAGGAUAUGCCGGUGGAAACAAAACCGGUCGUAAAACUGAAUUGCAAGCCAGAGCUAUUGAAUUAUUGAAAACUCGCUCUACACCAGUCCUCUUAAAGAUCCGUGAACUAUAUAAGUCAAUCCAGCAAGGGAUUGCUAACGGCACUGUCAUCCCAGAUCCUCCGUCCAGUGGUAGUGGACCGUACUCCAACAACAUGCCGCUGCGUCAGCCACAGCAGUCGAUGGGGAGUGGUAUGCUCAACAACCCUCCACCCACCUAUCCAGAUUACCAACAGCAACAGAUGGGCCGCAGCAGUGGUUACACUCAGAUGCAGAAACAGUAUCCAAUGUAUGGAUAUCAACAGGCAAAUGCGCAGCACAUGUCUCAAAAGCAAGCGCCCAACCCGAAUCAGUAUCCUGUCCAUCCUGAUGUGAAAUUCAAGAGGCUGCCUUUCUAUGAUAUUUUAGGAGAAUUGAUAAAACCCUCAAGUCUCACUGCACAUGGUAACCAGCGGAGUCAAGAGCAGAGCUUUCAAUUUUAUCUGACCCCGUACCAAGCAAACGAGAUAGCCUACAAUCGAGAAAUCAUUCAAGGCCAAAAAGCAGAGUACACAGUCCAGGUGCAAGUAAGGUUUUGUCUAUUAGAAACCUCUUGCGAACAGAUGGACUGUUUUCCAUCAAAUAUUUUUGUGAAAGUCAACAAUAAAACCGCCCAAUUACCGAAUUUCAUAGUUCCAUCAAAACAAGGACAAGAACAGAAAAGGUUGCCAAAACCAGUCAAUGUUACACCUCUAAUCAAAAUUAGUCCUGUUACUCCCAAUAUUAUCAACGUAGCUUGGACUAGUGAAUACGGCAGAGGGUUUGUCAUUGGUGUAUACUUGGUACGGAAGUUGAACUCUAAUCAGCUCCUCCAAAGACUAAAACAGAAGGGAAUCAGGCAUCAAGAUUACACGAUGGGUUUGAUCAAAGAAAAGUUCAAUGAGAAUUCUGACUGCGAAAUCGCCACGACUUCGCUGCGUGCUUCACUGAUGUGUCCCCUCGGAAAACUGCGUAUGACACACCCCUGUCGCGCAUCUACUUGUACUCAUCUCCAAUGCUUCGACGCUCUUCUCUUCCUUCAAAUGAAUGAGCGCAAGCCAACUUGGAUCUGUCCUGUGUGUGAUAAACCGUGUCUCUACGAUAAUCUGGUCAUUGAUGGGUAUUUCCAAGAAGUAUUGAAUAGUCCCAGAAUGCCCGGAAGCUCAAAUGAUAUCCAGUUGUUACCGGAUGGCUCUUGGUCAGUCCCAACAGCUAAAAAGGAACCAACGCACAAAGCUACCACUCAAGCUAGAGUAGAACCAAUCGUAGAAACUCUCAUAGACGAUAUUGAAAUCGUGCCUAUUCCAAAGGAGGAAGUUACUAUGGUAGAGGAAAAGAAAGAAAAAGAUGCUGCAUCUAGUGCUUCUGCCUCUGGAACUGCCGGUGCUUCAGCGGCAGCUGAUGCUGCUGCAGCCGAAAAGAAGAAAGCCGAAGUCAUAGACUUGACAUUUAGCGAUUCUGAAGAUGAGGAUGCUUCCAAAAAAUCAACCUGGCCUGCAGCUAAUUCAACAGCUAGAAUCGGAUCAGAUUCAGGCAGCUGUGUUUCAACUCCCGGGCCAAGCUCUGUGACUAGUAGCGGCUAUCAGAGUCCCAACGUCAUUCCAACGAUCGACAUCAUCGAUGAUAGUCCAUCACCGUCUCCAACACCAGCUUCCCCUGCAGCAUCGAUGCCUCCUCCUGAACCUUCUUCCUGUCUUUUCAAGUAAAAACCGACAUUUUCUCACUCUACGAGUACACAGUGCUGAUACUGAAAGCUUUUUAUUGCAAAGACACUGUCUCCUAGAUUUUAUGUAAGUAGUAUUCAUGAGCUAACAGCUCUUCUCAUAAGUGAAUUCCUCCACGGUUGAGAUUUUUCUAAUUAUAACAGAACUGUGAUCUGACACCUAGAACUGGCAGUUAAUCGUUUUUAUUUCUUUUUUUUUGCCCUGCUACGGAAGGACAUCGCACCAACCCUUGAGUGGCCUCACAAGUUCCAUGUGUAUUAUUUCAAGAAAAUUUAUGUAUACUUUAACUUAAAUGUCUUAGGUAAUAUGUGUAAUUUAGAUUCUGAAUUAAAUUUUCUAUUACAGUCAAGAAAGCUCAUCAUCAAUUUUUCUGAAACUUAAUCUUUUGUUAAAUAAAUUUUGGGGACUUUCAGAUGUUCAGAGCACGUUUUUCUUCAGGGGGGCAGUCUUUUUUCUAACCAAAUAAAGAUGUAAACUAAGCCUAUUUUCUAUUCUCGGUUACCAGAUUUACACACCCAUGAAUCAACAGAGCGAAGUUAUUUAAAAUAGUGUUCAUCGUGGUCUAUUAAAUAGUUACUUUUUGGUCCCACAAUUUUAUUUUCUAAACGAUGAAUUGGAUAUUACCAAAAAUGGAGAACUUUAGUUUUCCAAAUAUUUAAGAUCUCCAGUUUAACAUCUUUUAAAAAAGUAUGACUGAAAGUCGGCAAUUUCUUCUUAAAUUGCUGUAAAUAAAUUGUGGAUGUUUUAGUUAAGUUCAAGUUAUUUGAGUCAGCAAAGUCAUUAAUAAAUAAACUCAGAAUUUGCACGAAGAUUAAUCGCAUAAAGUUUAAUUUUGAGUUCAUGACAGCGACUCUCCUCAUAGUGAAACUUCUUUUUUUUUAUUAUCUCUUCUCUCUUAUCUAUUUGUUCGAAGAUUAAACUUCAAAUGUACAUGAUUCAACAUAUGAAUGUUUCUGUAAAUUCAAAUUAGUUUUGUAUUGUUGUUAAGUAAAUUUUUUGAAAAUUAAACAAUAAAAUAAGUUAUGUA